UCAGCCUCCCGCCAUCUCGAGGCAACUUCUUGUUUCCCUGUUGCCCUGUGCCAGCACUGGGGUAGUGCCCUCUGGACUCCACCCCCAAAACCUUCCCAGGGCUCUGUCCCUGCAGCUCGGAGGGGCCAGGAUGGUGGACAUGAUCGCCAAAGUGACUAGGAGGCAGAGUCAAGCCUUGCGGGCACAGGUGGACGACCCCCCGGAGCCCGUGUACGCGAACAUAGAGAGGCAGCCCCGGGCCACUUCGCCGAGCGCCGCUGCGGUCCCCCUCCCCAGCCCAGUGUGGGAGACGCACACAGACGCGGGCACCGGGCGCCCCUACUACUACAAUCCAGACACGGGAGUUACCACCUGGGAGUCGCCCUUUGAGGCUGCCGCCAGCCCAGCCACCUCCCCUGCCUCGGUGGACAGCCACGUGAGCCUCGAGACCGAGUGGGGCCAGUACUGGGAUGAGGAGAGCCGCAGAGUGUUCUUCUACAACCCGCUGACUGGCGAGACGGCCUGGGAGGACGAGGCCGAGAACGAGCCCGAGGAGGAGUUCGAGAUGCAGCCGGGCCUGAGCCCUGGCAGCCCCGGGGACCCGCGGCCCCCCACCCCGGAGACGGACUACCCCGAGUCACUGACCAGUUACCCCGAGGAGGACUAUUCUCCCGUGGGCUCCUUUGGUGAGCCCGGCCCCACCUCUCCCUUGACCACACCCCCCGGCUGGUCUUGUCAUAUCAGCCAGGACAAGCAGACGCUCUAUACCAACCACUUCACCCAGGAGCAGUGGGUGAGGCUGGAGGACCCCCACGGGAAGCCAUACUUCUACAAUCCAGAGGACUCCUCCGUUCGAUGGGAGCUGCCCCAGGUCCCUGUCCCUGCCCCUCGAAGCAUCCAUAAAUCCAGCCAGGAUGAUGACACCCCAGCCCAGGCCAGCCCUCCAGAGGAGAAGGUCCCUGCAGAGCUGGAUGAGGUUGGGAGCUGGGAGGAAGUCUCUCCUGCCACAGCUGCUGUGAGGACCAAGACGUUGGACAAGGCAGGGGUGCUCCAUCGCACCAAGACGGCGGAAAAGGGAAAGCGGCUCCGAAAGAAGCACUGGAGUGCCUCCUGGACUGUGCUGGAGGGUGGCGUCCUGACAUUCUUCAAGGACUCAAAGACCUCAGCUGCAGGCGGCCUGAGGCAGCCUUCCAAGUUUUCCACCCCCGAGUACACAGUGGAGCUGAGGGGGGCCACUCUCUCCUGGGCCCCCAAAGACAAAUCCAGUAGGAAGAAUGUGCUGGAGCUGCGGAGCCGAGAUGGCUCGGAGUACCUGAUUCAGCAUGACUCGGAGGCUAUCAUCAGCACCUGGCAUAAGGCCAUUGCUCAGGGCAUCCAGGAGCUGUCCGCAGAGCUGCCCCCAGAGGAGGAGAGCGAGAGCAGCGGAGUGGACUUCGGGGCGAGUGAGCGCCUGGGAAGCUGGCAGGAGAAAGAGGAGGACGCGCGGCCGAAUGCAGCCGCGCCCGCCCUGGGCCCCGGGGUCCUGGAGAGCGACUUGAGCAAGGUCCGGUACAAGCUCCGCAAGUUCCUCCAGAGGCGGCCCACACUGCAGUCGCUGCGGGAGAAGGGCUACAUCAAAGACCAGGUGUUCGGCUGCGCGCUGGCCGCGCUGUGUGAGCGCGAGAGGAGCCGGGUGCCACGCUUUGUGCAGCAGUGCAUCCGCGCCGUCGAGGCCCGCGGGCUGGACAUCGACGGGCUGUACCGCAUCAGUGGAAACCUGGCCACCAUCCAGAAGCUGCGCUAUAAGGUGGACCAUGAUGAGCGCCUUGACCUGGACGACGGGCGCUGGGAGGACGUUCACGUUAUCACCGGCGCCCUGAAGCUCUUCUUUCGGGAGCUGCCCGAGCCCCUCUUCCCCUUCUCGCACUUCCGCCAGUUCAUUGCGGCCAUCAAGUUGCAGGACCAGGCCCAGCGCAGCCGCUGUGUGCGCGACCUAGUGCGCUCGCUGCCGGCCCCCAACCAUGACACUCUGCGGAUGCUCUUCCAGCACCUCUGCCGGGUGAUCGAGCACGGCGAGCAGAACCGCAUGUCGGUGCAGAGCGUGGCAAUUGUGUUCGGACCCACGCUGCUGCGGCCAGAGGUGGAAGAGACCAGCAUGCCCAUGACCAUGGUGUUCCAGAACCAGGUGGUGGAGCUCAUCCUGCAGCAGUGCGCGGACAUCUUCCCGCCGCACUGACUGCGGGCCUGCGACUGGGGCGGCGGCCGAGGGCCUGCCACACAAGCUGGGCGGCCUUCUCUCUGGGACCUUCCGCCAGCGCACAGCCGCAGGCAGGUGUGACUUCUGCACCCUCGGUUCUGAGGGUACGGUGACCCCUAGUGGGCAGUUUGCAAAAUGUGAUUCCUUCCUCCAACUCCCUAUCACCCCCGCCACCCCUCUCCCCUCCCCCCUCCCCUCCCACCCGUCACGUCCUAUUUGGGGGUUAAUUAGGUUUUUUCUCUAUUCCAUCGCUCCUACUGUGCGUGCGCGAUAGUGUAUGUGGGGGUGACAGUUGGAAUUUCUGGAAUGGUGGAUGCUGGGGGGAGGAGUUUGAUGGGGGGCUUCCUGGCUGCUUCUGGCCCUCACCUCGUGGAGGCCUUCACAGAGACCCUGUGGACCCUGUGCCGGCACUGUCCAGUCAUGAAGCAGCUGUAACCACUUCCGUACUGUGGAAACAGGACUGACCCAGUGUGGGCGGCUGAAGCUGUCCUCAGGCCUCAGGGAUGACCUCCUGCCUGAGCCUCUCGCACGGCUGGCUGUGCGCCAGUUUCAUCUGCUUUCCUGUUGGGGGUCCCGGGCCUCUGCUGUCCCCGACCCACUGAUAUUCUGUGCCAGGCUUCUUCCUAUUCACCAAGUGCGCACCUCACAUCUGCCACUGGGCAUGCACCAGUUCCACACACAAUCCCAUUUUACAGACGAGGAUGCUGAGGCCUGCAGCGGCAAUGUGACUUGCUCAAGGUCCAGUGAGUGACCUCACUCCCCAGAAAAGGCACCUCCCACACCAGAGCACAGCCUGGGUAGGGGGGAAAUCAGUCCUUUCAGCUACCACCCUCCAACCUUUGGGCCUAUGCGAAAGGAAAGGAACUAACCUGGGUGUGUUCUGUCUGGACCUGGGGAGGCCCCUGAAGGCAAAGAGGGAACCUGCCCCAGCUGUUCUGUCCUAGAGGAGGGGGACAUAGCCCUAGCAGGAGCUUGCAGCCCCUUUUGGCACUCUGACACACAAGUAUGCCCAUCUGGGGCCCGCUUUGCCAUGAAGAGCUGGGCAGGCCUGUAGGGUGUGGGGAAGGAGGACACAACCUCAAGAAAGGAAACAUGAAUCCCAGGGAACAGCGGGUCCCUUCCCUCCUCAGACACAAGCCACCUCAGCUUGUGGCUCUUGGCCCCCAGCCCCUCCCACCCACCUGUUCAUUUAUUCAACAGACAAUGACAGCUCAUAUUUAUUGGACAUUAGCACCAUGCCAAGCAUUUGGCUUGGAUUAUCCCAUUUGUUUCUCACAGCCGGUAUUUAUUGUCCGCUCUUCUGUGCCAGGUGCUGUGCUCUGGGCACGGGCACUGCACGGGCCCUGGUGGAGCUUGUGGUCUGACAGGUGAGGCUGACCCAAGCCCACCUCACUGUCAGCAGGGCCAGGGCGAGAGUACACACGGGGGCGUCACACCAUAUGUCUAAAUAUUUAAAAGUUAUCAAUCAAGCUAACAACUGUUAAAUAAAAUAUGUUCUAUUCUCCUACUUUGA